ACAGUGCAUUACAGCAUUGCAAGGGUAGAGUAGGCAUUAGCCACUACAAGAAGCAACUGCCUGGAUCGUUCUUUCUAAGCAUCCGCCAUAUCCAUCUUUUGUCUGCAUCAUCGAAGACUUCAGUAGUUAAAUCAACUAACGCGUCGUUGAAUAUUCCAAUCCCUAAUAUUACUAGAAGGCCUUUUCUUUCUUAGAUUUUUUUUAAAUUUUUUUUCUACACUCGACCUCAUUUUCUCUCCAUUUUCCUCUUUUCCUUAGCUUUCCUCUUCUUGCAAGUUUCCUUCUAAACCCCCUCCAACCUAGCUCUUCUCCAUUGCUUAUAAAACCUAUCGCUUUCUUAAAGUUCUUGUCUCUUUGUUCAUUAUCCUUUAUCUAAGUAGAAUCUGUAAAAAAUUGUUCUUGGGUUCGUGAGAUCUUUGUCUUUCUGCUUGAUCGUUGAAGUUUAACUUACAUUUGAGCGGAGUUGGAGGUGGUUCAAGUUCAUCGUAUACAAGGUUUUGCAGUGUAAGCUAAUUUAUAGCUAAAUAAGUUUGCUUUUGAGUUUUUUGGGUUUUCAUCUGAUUUUUGAAAUUAGUGAACGAUUCCUUCUGGGUUAUAAAGAUAAAGGUUUAUUACUUUGGGCGUUUUACAUUCCUUAUUCUAAUUUUAACUCAAUUUUUUAGAAUCCCUUAAUUGGAUUUAGUUUUAUUCUACUUAAUUAUGGGGUUUUUGUAUUUCACUGGCAUUUGAAGUGAAAAAGGUCUCAGCUUUGUCAUUUCAGCAAUUCGGCUAAAUAUUAUACUCCAAUCUAGAAAUACGAGUUCUUUCUCGAUAGUAACACUGUAGGUAAAAAAGAUUAUAUUUUGGUCGUUUUUCAUUGUUCGGGAUAUGAUGGGAGGACAAUCUAGCAAGCAAAAGGGUGUUGAACCACCGCCACCGCCACCGCCACCGCCACCGCCAUUCCAAAUUAACAGUGAUUCGCAGUACACAGCGGGGUUGAACUCAUAUGAGAAGGCUUGUAAACUUGAUCCAGACCUGCAAUCUUUUGAUAACGCCGUCCGUGAAAGGACAAACCAAGUAAUAAGUUCCCUUGCUACUGGUGUGGAGGUUAGAUCACUAUCAUUUGACUCACUCAGGGAAGUCACCAAUUGCCUGCUUGAAAUGAAUCAAGAAGUAGUCAAAGUUAUACUGGAAUGCAAGGAAGAUAUAUGGAAAAACAAUGAUUUGUUUGCUUUGGUUGAAGAGUACUUUGACAAUAGUGCUAAAACUUUAGAUUUUUGUACUGCCCUUGAAAAUUGCCUUAAGCGAGCUCGGAAUAGCCAAUUGAUCAUACAAGUUGCUCUUAGGCAAUUUGAAGGAGAAUCAGCACUGCAAGAUGGAGUUAUAGAGAAGAAGUAUGCAAAGACAUUGGAGGAAUUACGUAAAUUCAAGACAGUUGGUGAUCCUUUUACUGAGGAGUUCUAUAUAUUAUUCCAGGCGGUUUACAGGCAGCAGGUAUCCAUGUUGCAGAAACUGCAACUUCGAAAGAGGAGGCUUGAUAAGAAAUUGAAAUCGAUGAAGACAUGGAGAAGGGUGUCUAAUGUGUUGUUUGUUACUGCAUUUGUCUCUGUGUUAGUUUUCUCAGUUGUGGCAGCUGCCAUUGCUGCACCGCCUGUUGUAACAGCUUUGGCAGGUGCAUUGGCUGUUCCAAUAGGCUCAGUGGGAAAAUGGUGUAAUUCGCUUUGGAAUAGUUAUAUGAAAGCGUUGAAGAGACAGAAGGAGUUGGUAAGCACAAUGCAGGUUGGAACCUUCAUCGCAAUCAAAGAUAUGGAUAAUAUACGGGUGCUUGUUAACAAAUUGGAACUGGAAAUUGAGUCGCUCUUGCAAAAUGUGAAUAUUGCUUUAAUAGAGGAAGAUGCUUUGAAGCUUGUGAUAGAUGAAAUCAAGAAGAAGUUGGAGGUCUUCAUGCAGACCAUUGAGGAUUUAGGGGAACAUGCUAAUAAGUGUAGUCGAGACAUUACACAGGCAAGGACAGUAGUUUUGCAGAGAAUAAUCAGGUAUCCUGACAGCUGAAGAAGCCCUAUGUACUAUUAACUUGCCAACUUGGCUAUGUACUAUUAACUUGCCAACUUGGCUAUCAUGUGUGACUAUGAUUGAUGCUGUAGGUAGAGAGGGUCCUAAUAUUUUGGUUGCUCGACUUGAAUUCAACCUAUUCGAAGAAAAUUAUAUUGUUGAGCAGGCCUAUUUUCUUUUAUUCAGAAAUGAUUUCCUAAUAUUUUGUCUGGCAUGAGUUAGAUUCUGGGUAAUCUAUUGAAAUAUUUAGUUGUCUGAAACUCCUGACUGUGAUUUCUUUAUAAAAUAUAACUUAUCUUAGAAAGAAAUGUAAGUAAAUGAUUUUCAGUUGA